AUGGCCAUUUGGCCUUCAUCGACCAACGUGGACACCGUCCUCAUUGCCGAGGCCAUCCAGACCUGUGUCAUCCCGGGGUGCCUCCCCUGUUACCAAACAAGAGACGGCGAGGUCUGGGACGAGGUUAUAGACGUGCCCUACCUGGUCGAGGGCGACUCCAUGGCCAUGAACCUAGCCCUGGCGGCCAACUGCGACGGCUUGAUGAACGGCUAG